AUGUCGAAAGUGACGCCAAACAAAAAAAGCGUGAAGCCCAAAACGGGCUCCAGCAGCACGCGCAUGAAACAGCUGUCGCUUAUGGCCUUUUUGAAGCCGGCUUCGACUAAUCUGGCUGCUCCAAGUUCCUCUCCACUCAAGAACAAAUCGAAGCACCCAGAGAGUGACAAGGAAAACGACAAUUCUACCAUUGCCAUUGAAGAGAAUAAAAAGAAUACAGACACUCCUUUGACGUCUGACAGCGAAGCUCUGGUGAAGAAACCUCUAGAUUUUGCUUCGUCGCCUGUUAAAUAUGUAUCACAGAAGACUUCGCAGGUGGUUAUCGAAAAGGAAGAGGACAAGCCUCAUGUAGCUCCUGAUAUUACAUUGAACCUGUCGGAAAAGACUGUGAAGGCCGAACCAACUACUCGUGGUGGAAGAAAGACUAAAGGCGUAGUGUACGCGGAAUCCGACAAUUCAGAAGACGAGGCACCAACAGUUCGCAAAAGAAGGCGUGCCGUGGAAAGUGAUGAUGAGGAUGAUUUUAAACCCGAUGCUGUUGAGGACGACGAUGCAGAUGACGACCAUAUGGAUGACUUUAUUGAUGACGAUGUGAGCAGUUCUAACGAAGCCCCAGAGGACCAGGAAUCUGAGGACGAGAGUAGUUCUGUCAAGCGUACCACAAAGAAGAAGAAGCUACUGCCUCCAAGACAGUCACAAGACCUAGACAACAGUUCCGGGUCUGGUUCAUCUUCUAAUUUGGGCUCCAAAUUUCUUGCUAGUUCUCUGUAUGUGGCCACGGGCACUGCUUCGAAAUCGGUCAAGAAACCUAAGGCUGCGUCAGCUGCUAAGUCGUUUGAAAAAGAAAAUGAAGAAAGAUAUUCUUGGCUAGUCAAUGUCCGAGAUGCCGACAAAAGGACUCCUGACGACCCAAAGUACGAUUCAAGAACCUUAUACAUCCCAUCAUCGGCAUGGGCCAAAUUCACUGCAUUUGAGAAACAAUAUUGGGAGAUUAAAGGAAAGAUGUGGGACACUGUGGUUUUUUUCAAGAAGGGAAAGUUCUACGAGUUAUAUGAGAAUGAUGCUAUAAUUGCCAACACACAAUUUGAUCUCAAAAUUGCUGGCGGAGGCAGAGCUAAUAUGAAACUUGCCGGAAUUCCUGAAAUGUCUUUUGAGUAUUGGGCAAAAGAGUUCAUUGGACAUGGCUAUAAGGUCGCUAAAGUCGACCAAAAAGAAACUCUCUUGGCCAAAGAAAUGAGAGGAGGCGGAAGCAAGGAAGAAAAGAUCAUCAAGCGUGAAUUAACCGGCGUAUUAACUGGUGGAACCUUGACAGAUCCAAACAUGUUGACCGAUGAUAUGGCAACAUACUGUAUGGCGAUCAAGGAAUCCGUUACUGAAGAGGGUGCAAAGAUAUUUGGUGUUUGCUUUGUUGAUACAGCAACUUCCGAAAUGAAUUUCAUUGAGUUAGUUGAUGAUGAUGAGUGCACAAAAUUGGACACUCUCAUUACUCAAAUUAAACCCAAGGAAGUUUUGUGCGAAAAGAAUAAUUUGUGCUCAGCGGCUGUCAAAAUCAUCAAGUUCAGUGCUCACAACAAUCAUCAAAUCUGGAAUCAUCUCAAUCCUUACUCCGAGUUCCUUGAUUACGAUGCUGCCCUUGAUGCACUUGUUCAUGGCAAGUACUAUGAAGCUGAAGAUUUAGACGACUAUUCUCAUUAUCCAGAAGUCUUGCUCAAGUACAAAGAUCACCAUCCAGUUGCAUUCAAUGCUUUCGGUGCAUUGUUAUUCUAUUUGAAGACCCUUAAACUUGAGCAAAGCAUUUUGAGCUUGGGAAACAUCAAAGAGUAUAAGAUUUCGCGGAACAUCUCUUCACAUAUGCACUUGGAUGGAAUCACGCUCAAUAAUCUCGAAAUUCUCAACAACAAUUUUGACGGAGGUGAUAAAGGAACUCUUUUUGCGUUGGUCAAUCGUGCCAUAACUCCAUUUGGAAAGCGUACUCUCAAGCUGUGGGUGCUCCAUCCAUUGAUGAACGUUGAUGAGAUCAAUGCAAGAUAUGAUGCUGUAGACUUUUUGAUGAAUUCCGAGCCGGAAUUGCGAGUUGAGCUUGAAGACAAGCUCAACAAGUUGCCUGACUUAGAAAGACUCAUUGCAAGAGUUCACUCGAACACAUUGAAGUUCAAAGACUUUCUCAAGGUAUUGGAGGGCUUUGAAAUUAUUUCAAAGGUUUUCAAGAAAUUGGCCAAGCACAAUCUCGAAAACUCUGGGUCUCUAGGUAAGCUUCAGUCCAUGUGCAACCCAGAACUUCACAACAUCAUUGCCUCGUGGGAUGAUGCUUUCGACAGACAGGAAGCUCUCAAGAACAUUGUGGUCCCUGCUGAAGGUGUUGAUGCUGAGUUUGAUGAAUCAAUGAAACUCAUUAAAUCUUUGGAGUCACGUCUUGAGGAGCAUCUCAAGUCAUACAAGAAACAAUUCAAGUCCCAUGAAAUUUGCUACCGCGACUCAGGAAAGGAACUUUACUUAAUCGAAAUGCCAGUGAAAAUUAAAUCGAUUCCUAAAGAUUGGCAGCAAAUGGCAGCCACCUCUAAAGUGAAAAGAUACUGGUCUCCUGAGGUCAAGAUACUUGUUAGAGAAUUGAUGGAACAGAGAGAAUUGCACAAAACAGUGUGUGAGAAUCUUAUUUCUCGUAUGUAUAAGAGGUUUGAUGUGAACUACACAAACUGGGUAUCAGUAAUCAAGACUAUCGGCAGUAUCGACUGCCUUAUUGCUCUCACCAGAACUUCGGAAACAAUUGGAUAUCCUUCGUGCAGACCAAAGUUCAUCAACAACGACUGCAAGGGAUCUUUGUCGUUUGAUGAGCUUCGUCAUCCAUGUUUUGUUGGAAAAUCUGAGUUCAUUCCAAACGAUGUUCACCUUGGUGGAGAACAUCCUAACUUCGGCCUUUUGACUGGUGCAAAUGCUGCCGGAAAGUCGACUUUGAUGAGAACAACCGCAUUGGCUGUCAUAUUGAGUCAAAUUGGGUGCUACGUGCCGGCGCUGAAUGCUACCCUCAGUCCUGUUGACAAGAUCAUGACUAGACUUGGUGCAAACGAUAACAUCAUCCAGGGCAAAUCAACAUUCUACGUUGAGCUCUCUGAGACCAAGAAGAUUUUGAGCAAUGCAACAGCAAACUCUUUGGUCAUUCUCGAUGAGUUGGGACGUGGAGGUUCCUCUAGUGAUGGAUAUGCCAUUGCUGAGGCUGUACUCCACCAUUUAGCAUCAUACGUUCAUCCUCUCGGAUUUUUUGCCACCCACUAUGGUAGUCUUGGACUUUCUUUCGUGAACCAUCCGCAAAUCGUGCCACUCCGCAUGGCCAUUCUUGUCGAUGCCCUGUCAAGAAAUAUCACUUUUCUUUACAAAGCGGAACGAGGAACCGCGCCAGGAUCUUUUGGUAUGAGCGUUGCUGCCAUGUGCGGUGUCGCGUCUGACAUUGUCGACCGGGCGGAAAUUGCCGCUAGAGAGUACGAACAAACGUCAAAGUUGAAACAGGAGCAUGACAGACAAAAGGCCAAUAAGUUGAGUCUAGGGUUGCAGAGCGAUUUCGUCUGGCACUACCAGCGAGCCGAGGAAAUAAAGAAUGGUAUCCUUAGAUAUGGUGAGACAGAGAAAGUUGAAUCAUUGAAGAAUAUGUUCGAAAUGAUUAACUCUCUCUAA